AUGACCCGAGAGGCUCCCGAAACGCAGACGGAGGACGAGAGGAAACCCCAUGGCGCCUCCCACCAUCAUCUUGGUGGUCUACCAUCCGAGUUGUUCGACAAGAUCUUGUUCGAGAUCGACGCUGUCCGGGAUCUCGCCCACUUCAUCACCACGGCUCGCUUCGUGUACCAACGCUUCACCAUUCAAAGGCGGGCCGUCCUUUUCCGGGUCCUGCAAAACGAGCUAGGCCCGGUGCUGGCUGACGCCAGGUUCCUGUUCAUAUUCCCUUAUUCGGACCCCACCGACCAAGUCCGCUAUAUUGAAUGGCUCUACGUUAUGACCGACGUAUACCACAGUAUGCUCCAGGGCGGCACCGAGGGUGCCCUGCCCAACCUCGAAGAGCUAAAGGGGCUUUGCCGCACCCUCUACCAAAUCAAUUUCAUUGCCGAUAUAUACGUUACAGCUCGGCUGACGUCGUUCGACCUCGGUGGCGGGAGCGGGACUCCCGCCACGGCACCGCCCUCGCUCUUGGAGCGGCGACGGGUUGAGGAUACAGCGGCUAUCAGCAACUUGAGUACGCAUCAAGGCGAGGCAUUGGGCUUGUUCGGCACGCUUAAACCUUGGGAGAUGCAGCAGAUCGACCACGUCGACGUCUUCAUUACGUAUCUAUGUCUCGCGCUCGUGCACAACUCCCCGCAGACGGCCGACGGCUCCCCAGAGAUCGUACCCCGCCAGUUUGACGACCUGUUUGCGCACCUGCACCUUCUUGUCCAGUUCCUCCAGAGCCAUCGUGGUGUUGCCGACCGGGCCGUCCGUAAUCUGGUAGCGGCCGAGGACCUCGCGCGCUGCGAGGACCUGUACGACAAGUACGUGAACGCGUACCAAAUGAUCCCACUGAGGUUCGCGUGGCAAGCAGACCGGGCAGUCUCCUUCCCGGAUCCGGUCACGGACAAGUGGGACCAGGACGGGUUGGUUGUACCCUACAUCGAGGACGGGCUCGACCUCACCCCAUACGGCUGGCUGGACGCUCUGCGGGGGCGCUACGUCAAAUGGUUCGGUGAAGGGCUGCACUCGCUUCCCCGGCUGCCUACUGGGCAGGCCCAUGGUCAACCAUCGGAGCAGAACGAUGCCCUGUAUCACUGGAGGCACGCUGGGUUUUGCCUGUGGGACCGGAAACGAGUUGAGGCCUUGAAAGAAUUGAGCAUGUUUGAGGGGCAGCUGUAUACCGGAUGGACUUUUAACCGCUCGGUCGAGCGGGAUGGCUGA